GGAGCGGAGCCUGCGCGGCGCUGGCGGAAGCGGCCCCGGCGGAUGUUGGCGCUGCGCGGCCCGCCCAGGUGAGGCCGAGGGGGCCGGGGGGCAGCGCCGGGCGGGCUCGGCCCCGAGCCUCGCACCGUGUGUUAUUCUGUGCACGUAGCACCCUGUCGACAUGGCUGAUGACAACGAGGACCUGCAGGCCGACGAGGAGCUCCCGGCUCCGGCUGAGGACAGCUUCGAGCAGCUGGAGAACGACAGCCCCGCGGAGCGCAGCGGGCACGUGGCCGUCACCGACGGGCGCUGCAUGUACGUCUGGGGAGGCUACAAGAAUGCCCAAGUUAGGGGAUUUUAUGACUUCUAUCUGCCUAGAGAUGAAAUAUGGAUCUACAACAUGGAAACCGGAAGAUGGAAGAAGAGUAAAACAGAAGGAGAUGUUCCGCCUUCCAUGUCUGGAAGUUGUGCGGUGUGCGUAGACAGAGUGGUGUACCUGUUCGGAGGACAUCACGCGCGGGGCAAUACAAACAAGUUCUACAUGUUAAAUUCCAGAUCCACGGACAAAGUGCUGCAGUGGGUCAGAGUAGAGUGUCAGGGGGUCCCCCCUUCAUCAAAGGACAAACUUGGCGUUUGGGUUUACAAAAACAAGCUAAUAUUUUUUGGAGGCUAUGGUUAUUUUCCUGAAGGGAAGCAACGAGGAACUUUUGAAUUCGAUGAAACUUCUUUUUGGAAUUCAGGUCUUCCAAGAGGGUGGAAUGACCACGUGCAUGUUCUGGACACUGAAACUUUUACCUGGAGCCAGCCUAUAACGACGGGUAAAACUCCGUCCCCACGAGCAGCCCAUGCCUGUGCUACGGUUGGGAACAGAGGCUACGUGUUCGGUGGCAGAUACAGAGAGUCCCGAAUGAACGACCUUUACUAUCUGAAUUUGGAUACGUGGGAGUGGAAUGAAAUAAUCACGCAAGGCAUUUGCCCGGUCGGCCGAUCGUGGCAUUCUUUAACACCAAUUUCCUCAGAUCAUCUCUUUCUCUUUGGAGGAUUCACCACUGACAAGCAGCCAUUGAGUGAUGCUUGGAUUUAUUGUAUCAGCAAGAAUGAGUGGGUACAGUUUGAGCAUAACUAUUCUGAAAAACCAAGGUUGUGGCACACCGCUUGUGCAAGCGAAGAGGGAGAGGUGAUCGUCUUUGGGGGCUGUGCCAACAACUUACUUGCCCAUUCUAAAGCCGCUCACAGUAAUGAAAUACUCGUGUUUUCUCUACAGCCAAGAUCUCUCGUAAGGCUGUGCCUCGAAGCAGUCAUUUGCUUUAAGGAGAUGUUGGCCAGCUCCUGGAAUUGCCUCCCCAAGCACUUGCUGCACAGCGUCAAUCAGCGGUUUGGAAGCAACAACACCUCAGGCUCCUAAGCCCUCUGCACUGACAUCUCUGCACAGGCAGUGCAUGGAUGAGCAACCCCGAGCUGCAGUAAUUGUACCGAGUGUGGCAAGCGUUAACCCUGUAUAGAUUAAAUAGCUGUACUGUAGGUAGCUGCUUCCUGCCUUUACGUUGCAUGUGAAUGGCCUAGAGAGAACCUAUUUUUGUGUAAAGAUGUUUGCAAUAAAUGUAUUUAAUGCAAGUGGAGGUGUAUCCUGUGCUUAAGCUUCAACUAGUUCUGGGUUUGUCCACCUUGAAGUACUUGUGAGGGCCAGCCCCAAGCAGGGAGAUGAGGCGUGCAUGCGUAGGGAUAUUUUUGUGGAGUCCCAGUCCAGGACCUGCGGACUCCAGUGGUCGUGCAGGCAGUACAGAGGCACACCACGGCCGUGCAAGAGGAGUGUUGCUUUAGUCUAGGCUGAAGAGUGCUGUGAUGGGCGCGUCCUGGUUUAGUCUACAGCAUUAGGAAACUGCUUAACAUACUUUUUGCCACAACCAGUUAAGGUCAGAGAAGUAGGAUUUGAAAAUUGUACAUUAUCGGCGUUGAUAAACUGUUGUAAACCUUCAGCUGUUAAAGCACCACUACUCCGCUUGUUUCUAGUUUGUUUUUUGAAACUCUUUAUGUUGUGGAACUUCAGUUGUGAACCUUAGGUAGCAGAUAUUCUGCCCUGAGAAGUGUAACUAAAAGCGCUUGAGCCUGUUAUCAGCUGUGUCAGUAACCCGUGGAGCUCACCUGCAGCUGGACCAGCCUGAGCCCCAGAGGACUCCAGCAGGGUGAAGGAACACUGCGAGCAGCUGUGCAGUAGGUCAGUGCCUGCCUCGGGCAGCUCAGGUCCAUCUAUCAGCAGUCCCAGCAGGGGACAGCUGGGACAAGGAACAGGCUGUGCUGCUGCGGGGAAGGGGUUAAAUCAUGUUUAAGCUGUCCUCAAAAAAAAAAAUAAUCAAUAAACAACUGACUUCUAGAACGAAACAA